AUGUUCAAUUCUUCAACACCGUACUCCAAUACAACACAGAUGUCUACUUACGAUAGUAACAUUGUAGACAAUCUAUUCAACGUUUGGCUGGGUCUCCUGAUAUUGACACUACUUUGCUUCUGCUUCUUCCUUUGUUUCUUCACAGUAAUACUGAUCAUCUACUUUACCACGCCUCAUGUCCGUGAAAACUCUCGCUUUGCCCAUAUGCUCAUUAAUGAUACGUUGUACAUGAUUGCUGGACUUCUUCUUUGUCUGUGUGCAUUAUUCAAAAUUACCAUGCCUCUGUCCAUCUGUUAUUUCUUCCUUGCGUUUUCGGCCUCAACAUUUCGCAUCACUCCGUACAAUUUGGCCGCCAUGGCUCUGGAACGCUACAUCGCCAUUUGCUUUCCAUUAAGACAUAUAGCAUUUUGCACGCCACAGAGAUCAUAUACUGUAAUUGCAUUCAUAUGGUUGAUGAGGAUACUGCCUAUUGUAGCCGAUAUGUUUGUCCGGAGCGCCUCGGUGGAAAUCAUGUUCUUCUCACAGUGCGUGAUCUGCAGGCAGGAAUUUGCUGUAGUGAAACCAAUACAGACAACGAUAAGAUCACUGACCUUCAUAGUCGCCUUGUCAAUAGUGGGACUGACCAUUCUCUACACUUACGUCAAGGUCACGUUGGUCGCUCGGAAAGUUGGAUCAGGAAGCUCUGCUGCUUCCAAAGAUGAAGUGUUUAGCAAAUGUAUUCGAAAGAUGUACACUUUAAAACCAUAA